AUGAUCGAGAACACAAACCCUAACACAUUGACGAGCCCAGAUAAAAGGAGGAGAGCUCGUUUUUCAUUGCCAACUAACGACCGCUCGAAGGUUUUCGGUCGCAGAGUUAGUAUGAAUUCAUUAUUGAAUCCAAAAGAGAACAACAGUCCAAUCAAUUCACCACUUAAUUCAUCAAGUGAUGCUGAGUGGGCAACAUUUCAAGCUGCUCUCAAUACAGCCAAGAAUCAGGGCCAAGAUUUCGAUGAUUCAGAUUGCUCAUUUGAGGAAGAAGUUGAUGAGGAUAACAAAUACCUUAGGAAGCUUGACUCAGUAUCGCCAAAUAAGAAGAGAUUGAGUAUUGGUACAAUCAACACAGCAAGAAAUGAAAUUGCACUUAUGAAGAGAGAUCUUGAAAUUGAAAGCGAGAUGCAAGCUCUUGAUAAAGAGGUUGCUGAUAUGGAAGAAGCUUUCAGAACAAUGUACGCUGAAAUUACCCAACAGCGUGUAAAUAUUGAAAGAAAUACAAAUGAUAAUGUUGUUUAUGAUAUGAUCAUGAAUCUUGACUUAACAAACAUUGACCCAAUGCUUUGGGCCCCAACCAUGGAAAAAAUUGCUAAUAAUUACUCUGUUUAA